UUUGCUUCCCCUGGGCCUCUCAAUUCGUAAGACGACCAAGUAUAGUCUGGCGGCAAAUGUGGCUCACUGAAAUCGGAGAGUCACCGCAACAAAAAAUUGUUUCUACACUCAGUUAGGCGGAUCCUCUGGUCUUACUCCUGAGUCACUUCCUGUUGUCAACUAUACACCCACCACACCAGCACAUCAAGACUCAUUUCGGCCCUACCAAACUGCUCAGCAAAACCGCUGUGAAAUUUCAAGUUUCUGCAAAUACGAGUGUUCCAAAAAAGGUGACCCAAAAGCUUGCAGCAUUUUUUAUCACACAGCAAAACAGAAUAAACUGUGAAGCAGCAGUCAACCACUUUCCACAUGCUGCCAUUCAGGGCGGACGAGGCCCAUAUGUCUGGUGGCGAGUCUAUUACUCAGAACUACACCAGUCGCGCCGCCGAAGAUAUUGCCGAGCACGUCUCAAACGAUGCACUUGAGUCAUCUAUCCCCGUUCAUCCUCUGGGAGUGAAGCCCUUGGGAAAUCAGUACUUUGCCUCUGGCGGUAAUGCACGGCGGAAUAUUGGGGUUUUCCAAAUACUCCCUGAUGAAGCAUUGAUGCUCUUACUUGAACAAUUUGAUGCACGAACUCUCAGGGUGCUGGGAUACACUUGCAAAUUUUUGUUCGCAUUCUGCAGCUCGGAUGAUUUGUGGAAGACUCUAUUUCUCGAAUCACAUGAAGAGAAUCCUCGCCCUUUCGAGUGGUUUGGCUCUUGGAGAUCCAGCCUCCUUGGCUUGAUCAAGGACAAAAAUACGAAAGUAGACUGCAGCACCGUUUUCUCCGAUGUUCUGCACCGUCCCUUUGUUUGCAGCCAUGUGCCUUUGGCAAGGUAUGCCGCUGGCAUUCCCAAACAGAAUCAAAUCAGGAAGUUCCCAGAUUUGACAUAUGAUGAUUUUGCGGACAAAUGGAGCAGCACUCCAUUCGUGCUCACCGACGUCGUGCCUGCUUGGCCCGUCUAUAAUCAAUGGACCCUCGACAGCUUGUUAAGCAAAUAUUCCGACGUCAGUUUCAGGGCCGAGGCCGUAGACUGGCCGUUCUCGACGUACCACCAAUAUAUGCUCGAUACCAAGGAUGAAAGCCCUCUGUACCUCUUCGACAAGAGAUUCGCCGAAAAGAUGAAACUCACCAUUGGUCGGCAAGACGGCGCUGCAUACUGGAAGCCUGACUGUUUCGGGCCCGACCUGUUUGAACUUCUCGGAUCCGACCGUCCAGCACAUCGCUGGCUCAUUAUCGGUCCAGAAAGGAGCGGCUCAACAUUCCACAAGGAUCCAAACGCAACCAGUGCAUGGAACGCGGUCAUUCAGGGUUCUAAAUACUGGAUCAUGUUCCCUCCGUCAGUGCACGUGCCCGGUGUGUAUGUAUCCGAGGACAACAGCGAGGUAACCAGCCCUCUCAGUAUUGCGGAAUGGCUUUUAGAGUUCCAUGCCGAGGCCCGCAUGAUUCCCGAGUGCGUCGAGGGAGUAUGCAACGCCGGAGAGGUUCUCCAUGUUCCCAGUGGCUGGUGGCAUCUGGUGGUGAACUUGGAGGCUGGAAUUGCCUUGACGCAGAAUUUCGUCCCGAAAUCUCACCUUUCGGAUGCGUUAAGUUUUCUCCGAGACAGGCCGGAUCAGGUUACUGGAUUCAAGAGGGAAAUAAAAUAUCCAUAUGAACUGUUUAGGGGUGGCCUCGAACAGAAACACCCUGAGCUGCUAGAGAAAUCGUUGGAGGAGCUUGAGCAGCGUGCGCAAAGAAAGAGAAAGUGGGAUGCCGCGGUCGGACCACAGGGAGAAGCAGAGGAGGAUGGCGGUGGCGGUGGCUUUACAUUUGGUUUUGGUGGCGGUGAUGACGAUGACAUCCCCUAAGAAAACCGAUGCAACUAUCACGAGUAAAUGCUGGCUCUGUCUACUCAGACAUUAACCAGGGUGCAGCCAAGCACGGCAUUGCUGGCAAAGUAAGUAACCGGCAUGCUUGACAGCCAGUCGGCCAGCUCAUAGUCGAUAUGGUGUUUAGGUAUUUUGUAGCCAGAGCGCAUGCAAUGUGUCUAGUCUAGUUGACUGAGAUG